AUGUCGCUUCUGCAACUCCCCGCUAAGCUCUCAUCACCAUUCUUCACCGGCAAUGGAAUCAGCCUCAACCGUUUCUCAAACGCCACUUCCUCAGCCCAAACCCAAACCCAUUAUCUUCCGGUACCGGCAAUCAAAGCCCUGAAAACAAUUGAAGGAAAGGUCGUAUGCACCACCAACAACAAGACGGUUGCGGUGGAGGUUACCCGUUUAGCACCUCAUCCGAAAUACAAAAAGCGAAUCAGGAUAAAGAAGAAGUAUCAGGCUCAUGAUCCGGAAAACGUCUUCAAAGUCGGUGAUAUGGUUCAGCUUCUUAAAAUUAGACCGAUUAGCAAGAAAAAGAGCUUUCUCGCUGUUCCUGCUCCUACUAGGAAAACAAACAAUGCUGGUUCGUCCGGUGAGCUUGACAUUCCGCUUCAGUCUCAGCAAGAGGAAAAGAAACAGGCUCAGGAUUAG